GUAUACCGCCAUGUUGUCUGAUUUCUUCAUCUUGAGUUCUCGAGGAGAUACGCUUGUAUAUCGCGAUUGUAUCCUUUUCCCGAGCUUUUUUUGACAAAUAUGGCUGAUUUAGGGUUUAAUUACACUGUCUGAUUCUAGUUUAAGCUCUUGCCUAAAUGUUAUUUCUUUUUUUUUCUUGUGAAAUGCACUUUGAAAAGUAAGCUUUGAAAUCGAUAGUUAGAUCUCUUUGCUAUUCUCUCAUUUCAUCGAUUUCCAUUAACACUCGAUAAAUUGAUUUUAUCAAUUUUUCACGGUCAACGAUUCCUGUCGACCGAUGUUGACUAGGGAGUUCCUGAAUCUAUAUUUGAUAUCGGUACAUUUUUAAUUUUUUGCCCAUUUAAAUUUAUGUGUGGGACAUCUAUCUUAGAAAAUUUUCACAUUUCCUUCUAAGGUUCUGAAAACCUCUAGGCUCUUCUGGCACUGUUUAUCAAAUAAACCCUCAAGAAAUCAGUGGGCGCUGCAGGAAAAUGUCAGUUUUUUGGGGAGUGAAGGGGGUGGGGAUUAAUACGAAAUGAGACACUAGGGUACCUUACUGAUUCGGAGAGUCUAUGUUUCUAUAAUCAUGGUUAAGCUUUCCUUAAUUCAUUCAAGACAGAGGGGAUGGUGUGAAAGGAACCCCAGACAUCUUCUACAGGAAAAUAAAAUCUGGCAAGGAAAGUCUCCCUCCAAUAUUUGUGAGUUACUGGAAAGAAACCAAAGAAACAUAACUUAAGUUUAACCCUUUAACCCUUUCACUCCCAAGAUCUAAUUAGUAAUUCUCCUUACUAUCAGCCAUACAGCUUGCAGAGCAUAGCCCUAUAAUUAUACAAAAUAGUAGUAACCCAUCAAGCCAAAAAAAUUUGGUUGUAUGACUGUACAACCGUACAAGGUGCUACUUUUAACAUGCAUGGUCAACUAUACCAUGGGCACGCCAAUGCCACGGCUUUGUCCAGUAGUCCAGUGGUCAGUGCACUGGGCUCCGAGUUGGAUGACCCAGGUUCUAGUCCUGGCUGGAGCAAGGCUUUGUGCCCUUGAGACUAGCAGGGAAAAAAAAAAAAAAUUGCUAACUCCACUUUUAGGCUUGGCUAAAUCUAUAUAUUACUUUGAUUCUUGAGAGUGACCAGCAUCUAAUUUCUCCUAAUAACAUCGCCCCAAAGCAAACAUUACAAGGUCAUGAGGAUAAAGGAAAUACACACCAACUAAAAAAGCUCUAACAUCAGUAUUCAUUUUCUCCUUACUCUUCUCUUUACAAUUAUUUUAGUACUGACAACAAGAAUUUGUUUUGCAAUCAAAGCUCCUUAAGUUACUUAUCAUUUCCUUUAUUCUUAUGCUCUAGAUGAAUGAUUCGGCAAUAUUACUUUAAGAAUGAAUUAGAUGCUAAUCAUUCUUAGCAGUGAAAGGGUACAACAAAUUCUUCUUGGCAGCACCAUAGCAAAUGUAUACAGAACAGUAUGCACAACAUGCAUGAGGGCGUAAAGGGUUAUAGAAAGUGACUAAAGUAAUGAUUUUGAUUACUUCCACAGAAUGUUGAUAGUGUCAACUUUAUCUUCAUCAAAAGAAAUGGACUCUACUUUGUUUCCACCACAAAGUUUAAUAUUUCACCUGCCUUUGGGGUUGAAGUGCUAACAAGGUACAAAGUUAUGUUAUGAAAUUAACCAUUUAACUCUCAUGAGUGACCAUAACAGAAUUGCUCCUAACAAGUAUCAAUAUAAUUUCAAGCAGGCAAGUGACAAGAAUGAAGGAAUAUAUUAAUUAGGGGAUUAUUAGUUGAUCUAAUACCAAAUUCUCAAGUCUAACAUCACAAGAACUAUAUGGCAGACAGUAAGGAGAACUGCUAAUAAGAUCUUGGGAGUUAAAGGGUUAAAAGAUUCCUGGUUGCCGUACAUCUGUUCAGUACUACAUCACAAAUUGACAUCAAGAACAAGAACAAAAAAGUGACUCAUGAGGUGCAGUCAAGUGUAUCACUGGUGUUCUUGACACAUUUUGACGUUGUCUGUGAUCAAUAUCUGAACAGACCCACGACUACAGGGAAUCUAUUAGUUUUAUUUAAUAAAGAAGCAAAAAAGUUACAAUGGUGAUGCUAUUAUGCUUCUGUCCUUUAAUAGAUCAUAAGUAAGAACCAACCUUAAUUUCCUGUGUAAUUUGCUUAAUAUUGAAUAAUAGAAAAUGGUUAAAAGUUAACUGAACUGACUAUGCAUUUGGUACCUUUACGAUUUGUUCGCGUGAAAGGAAAUAUAUAAAGCAAAUCUAGUAAAAGGAAGAUAAAAAAUUGUUUUUAAAAAUCACAAGGCUAUGCUCUUUAGAGGAUUUGGUAGGAUAGACAACUUAUAUUUUUCACUGGACAACUUUUACAACUUCAAUACUUGUGAAAGCAUAGAGGGUUCAGCUAUAGUGUAGCUGUGUUUGUUAUUCUGCUGAGAGUACUGUUUGUCCUUAGUAUCCUUCAAUACCCAGAAGUGAUUAACAAGUUACUUCUUCCUAUAACAUCCAUACCUUAUUCAGCAAACAGGUAAAGAGAAUACUUAAACUUAUCAGCAAUGAGUCAACUUUUCUUGACCAAACACCAAAUUCUUGUAAAUAAUUUACAAGGAAAUGUGUAGCACCUCAAUAGGAGAAUUAAAAAUCAGAUCUUGAAAGUUAAAGGGUUAACUGGAGAUAAAUGUUUUUGUAGAAUUUCAGAUCUUUGCAAGGAUUACUGUGGUGUUCUUGAUGAAGAAGCAAUCAAAUGUAAUUUCCCUCUUAUUUAUGAGUUGCUGGAUGAAGUAUUGGUAAGCUGCAUCUUUCUUUCACUCUUAAUAGCGAUUAAAAAGGAAGUUCUCCUUACAAUAAUACCACAUUUUCUAACAGAGAGGUACUGGGAAAAAAAAAAGAAAAAAAUAUCAACAAUGGAAUAUUGUUUGAUUAAACACCAAAUUCUCUGGGCUAAAACAGUUAAUUCUUUUCUACCAGACACUUUUGUAAGCAGACACUUCUGUAAGCAGACACUUCUGUAAGCAGACACUUCUACUUACAAAAAUAUUCGAAUUCCCAUUUUUGCUUUCCAGUUUAACUCUGUAUUUACACAUUUCUGUGAGUGGACACUCUAUUGUAAGCUUUCGUGGACACUUUUUUAAAUGAACAUUGGAUUUUGCUUUUGUUUACACUCUCUUGUAAGUGCACACCCCACCAAUAAUAAUUGACUAUUGGCAAAAAAAUUUGCCUUCAAUGUGCAAAUCAACAAAAGACAACCUUUGGCAGAAAAUUUGUCAAUGGUAAAGCAAGCUGUUGAUUAAUUUGAAAGCAACAAGAGUCCAGUAUGACACUCUCCAGUAAGCAAACAUCUGCCUACUGUUUCUUUGUUUUCCCCUUUUGAGAAUCAUCUUCAAAGGCAGACAGUUCUUCUAAUGGACAUUUUUGUCCAAUUCCUGAGGAUGUCCACUUACAAGAGAGUUUACUGUAUUUCAAGAAGAGUUUGGAGAAUUGGUUUUGAGGUCUUGCUUGUAAAUAAAAGGGUUAUAGAAUGAAGAGGAAAUGUUAUGUAUACAUUGUCCAAUAGUGGAAUCAGACAGAGUGCAUUUGAAUUGAGUUUUGUGAAACCAAAACCUUUGAUAAUGUACUGUAAUUACAAUUUUAAAUCAAAGUAAAUUGAAGUAAAUAUCACACUGAGCUGACAAGAACUUGAUUAACAGCACUUACAAGAAAAUUGACUAAAGCAUGAUAUUAGAUAAAUAUUACCACCUCUCAUUUAAUUUUAGUUUUGCUUAUGAUUGGUUUACCCUAUUAUCCCCUAAGAGUGACCAGUAUUCAAUUUCUCCCUACAAUAUUACCCCUGAAUUACUCAGUAAGGCCAUGAGAGUAAAGGAAAUGAUCAACAAGCUAAGAAGCUCUUGAUUGUUAAACAAAUUCUCCUUGUCAGCACCUAAAAAAUGUAUAAAGAACAGUAUAGAGAAUAUGCAUACUGAUGUUAGGGUGUAAAGGGCUCAGAGGGUGUUGCAAGUUUUCUAGAGAACUCACUGAGUACAGUGAAAGAAAACUCAAUGAUGUAACCCAGAAAAUGUUUAACACUAGAUAAUUGUACAGUUCUUCUAUUUCCAUUAACUUUCAUUAUUGUGCUUUGAAAAGUUCUAAUAGCGGCAAUCUUGCCUGCUCUCAAGAUUUUCAUCAUCGUUUACUUCUCCUUUGCAGGAUUUUGGGUAUGUCCAGGUUACAUCAACAGAGAAUCUCAAGCCAUAUGUAUGUAAUGUCCCUGAGGUAGCCACAAGAUCAGAGGAACCACUGUGGCAGUGUACUGGAAGAGUAGUAGUAAGAACUUGCAAUUCCUGUUGGGGAACAGAGCAUUUGAUCCUAGUCAUCUGAAUUGUUAAUGCAACCAACCAUGUUGUAAAUUUUGUUCGAUGAGUCUUUUCCCCCUGAGGACAUCCCUUUUUUUUUUUGACAGUAUGGUACUGAUAAGAUGUCUCUGCCAAGUACUGCUGCUAAUAAGCCUGUGGUUCUUCCAAAGAUGAUACAGGUAAGUGAGACAAUUCUCCUAGUUAGACUCAACAAGGGUAGAGGCAAUAUGCCCAUCUAGAAGGGCUAGGGCGAAAGACACUUCCUUAUGGAUUUCUGGCCACAGCUGCCUAUUAAACCCUUGCAGCCACUUAGGGAGAAGCUAGUGAAAUUUAUGCAGACCCCUGCUCUUUUACAUAAUGAUAUUCUGAAAAUAACCCAGACCAUAUGUUCGGUUUAUCAUGCAAACAUGUUAAAUACAGCCAACUCUUAUUCCAAUCUGCUGUUGAUCCAAAAUGACAAUGAUUGCAACUAUUCUUGUCCAUGUUUACACAGAGAGGAAAGAAACGGGAAGUAUUUUUGGAUUUGUUAGAAAGGCUUACAGUAUUGGUUGGUACAAAUGUAAGUAAUUUUUCCCGACAAUAAUGCUUUACACCAUAACAUCAGUAUCAAUCAAUAAAAAUGCUUGAAAAUCUAUAUUCUUUGGGACAAAGCAACAUGCGGAAGCAUUACGUGGUUGCAAAAGAAUUUUGUAAACAGCUGCGUACGAAGAAAUUGAUUUGUCAUAUAAACUGCGGUGUUUCACAAAGAUUUCCAGCCAUGUGAAAAGCCGUUAAUGCACACGUGUAAAACUACAAUAAUAUUUUACUUGUAUUAAUGAUAUCGGCAAACAGCUGCUGAUGCGUUGCUCGUCUUUCUCAUCACUCUGUCGAGUUGAUGAAUGACAGACAAAGCGAUCACCAUUCUUAAUCUGUGGUAGUUUUUCGAAUUUUCAUGUCAGUAAAGGCCUAUGGUGUUAAAAAAAAAACAAAUAAACAAAAUAUUAUAAGGUUGCUUGUAGAUUUGGAAUUUCUCUUCUUGUGUCCAACUCGAUAGUUCACUCGUUUACUGCGCUCACUCGUGAGAUAUCGAGCUAAACACUCGAAGAGAAAUCUUAUCUACGCGCGCCCAUGUGUUAUUCUCUAUUUAUCUCACAACUAAGAGUAUAUUGUUCGUGUGACCAUUAAAUUUGUUUUUUUCUUCAAGGGGAACAUUUUAAGGAGUGAAAUUGAUGGAUGCAUUCUAAUGAAAAACUUUGUGGCUGGUUCUCCAGAAGUGAAGAUCGUGUUAAAUGACGAUUUCUUUGUUGGAAAGUCUGAUGUGGUUUCCAGAGGUAAUGGAAAAUUUAGAAACCAGAAACAAUGUGGGAUAUCACAACGGGAACUACAGAAAAAACAACGAAAAGCUGAACUCGCUUCAGCCAUGCGUUGUUUUGUUCCCGCCCAUAUUUCCUUUUAAGUCGAUUCAUGACAGGUUCAGCUUUGUCAACCAAUGAAAUGUCAUAGGUUGAGUUUGGCGAAUCGGUGCCUGAGUCAUAACGCUCAUCUAAUCUUUGGUAUGAAAUCAUUAUGGGAACACAGCAAUCCAUAUUAUAAGAAUUUAUUUUCGUAUUUAAAAAUGUCUAUGCCUUGAUUUGAAAAGGUUUGUUUUCCACGCUAUACUUUUUCUGUUUCUCUCUUUAGUUGACAGUGUAGCAGUGAGGCUGGACGACUGUACGUUUCAUGAGUCUGUCGACGUAACCAACUUUGAAUCAACACGAACACUUCUAGUGAAUCCACCAGAAGGAGAGGUCUGGAACUGUUUUGAUUUUAUUUAUCAUUGUUGUUGUUGUUUUUAAACAAUUUUCGGAAUAUAAAAAUUUAUUGAAAUUCCUGGGAGGAGUAGCAAUGUUCAUGGUUGAUUCAAGCUACAGAAACCAUAGCCUGCGGUGAAAGCUUCUUACUAGGGCAAUUAACGUUAAAAAGCUCGCGAUCGUUUAUUCAACCAUCCCUGUUUGAUUUGGAGAUAGAGGCGGUGGGGGGUGGGGGGUGGGGGCAGCGAAGGGCAAAAUCUUUACUACCCCACCCUUACCCCUUUCCUUAUUUUUGACAGGCGACCGCCCUCUUGGUACAAAUUUCUUUCUCACCCCAGCCUUCUGCUGACAUUUAAAAAAAACAUAGCGGCCACAAUUUUUGGUUAGGAAAUACUGAGUACUCGCUCGCCAAAAUUGCGCCUGCUGUGCAGGCUACUGAAACCAUGCUUAUUUCCAGCAGCAUGUCCAGUCAGCCAAAAGUGCUUUCAGAGCAUAUUUCAAAGUUUGUUAUUCUUGUUACGAAUACUAACUUGUGUUCUCUCUCUACAGUUUGUUGUUAUGAAAUACCGACUUUCAGAGGCCAACCAGUCAAAUCUUCCUUUUACCUUGAUUGCCUUUGUCGAGGAAAAUGAAGAUUCAAAGUAUGUUUUGCAUGUUUUGUUAUGUUUCCUUCUAAUCUGUAAAACCCUUAGCUGGUAAUGAAUCCUCGCAAAUCUUCGAGGGUCUUCGAACUUGAUCAUUCCCUACACAAAACAUCGUAAACGUAAGUCGUCGUGAAAUCGAAACAUUUUCGAUUCUUGGACGGUUGGCCGACCUGUUUAUAGUAGAGAGAUACCAGAUUGACCGUGACUUUGGAUCCAUAUCGGUUGCUAACAUUUCUUGUUGUUUCUGAGUAGAAUUCUUGAAGUUGUACUCAAGUUGAGAUGCACUGUGCCUUCCUCAAGGUAAAAUGAACAUCAAAGGAAUAUUUGAUUGAACGCGGAAAGAAACUUAGAUUCUGAUUUUUCUUUGGUAUGCCAUUUCGUACCGACAACAUAGUUUUGUCUAAGACGCAUGCUCAUCUGAUUAUAACGAUUGUAAGGUUGCGUAUUUCAGCCUUCUUUUGCAAUAAACCGUAUUAAAGUUUUGAAAAUAUCAUGCAACUAAAUCCUGAAAGUUGUGACCUUGAAACUAAUAUUCCCUUGUUAGUAAGAAAAGAGGAAUACGCCUGAUGGAACGAAGUUUUCCAACUCACGUUUAUAACGCAGAACCAAACGUGAAAAUUUGAAACAGGGGGGAACACUUCUAAAAACUUUGUGUGUGAUCAUAUGCAUGUUUUUGUUUCGAAAUAGCAUUUUCACUUCCAACGGCCAGUGCACAGUUUUAGUCCGUAAAGAAUGAUAAGAAAACGGUGUACUCAUUACUUCCGUAAAGCUAUAACCGCGUCCCCCCUCCCCUCCCCCACAACAAAUGUGGUUCCGUUACUAUAUCCCUUUGUUUAUUCUUAGUUGCGCCAACAACAUUGUGGUGAAGUUACCAGUACCAAAGUUAACAGACAGGUAUGGUGAUAUUGUUAGGAAUUGAUAUGAUUCUGUAAAAAUCAUUCGUGUAAUUUCACCCUUGGGCAAAGUUCUUUCACUGAAAAAUUCUCGCCUGAACUCGAACCUUGCUGAGCGCGGUUUAAACCAUCCGUUAGAAACGUUUUGGGGGCUGGGUCAAAAUGUUCUAAAGGAAGCAUAUGUUAAUCUAGGAUUCUUUGCGUACGGAAAGCGUAGGAGACGUAUAGCAUUUUGAAAACGCAGGGAAACAUAUCGCCUUUUGAAAGUGCGAGAAAAGUGUGUGUUUGGAAAGCGCUGGAAAAAGUGUGGUCUUUGGAAAGAGCGGGAAAAGUGUGGUCUUUGGACUCUAACCUUGACAUUGGAAACGGACGUGGACAUUUUUCGCCUACUUUUCGUUUGUUUACGCGGAGUUUUGGUUGUUUUUGAGCUUUCGUUCGCGUAAAUUUGUUACCCCUUUGUUUGGAAUAUUAAGAAGUUUGGAGUUUUUAUUUUGUGAUGUUAUAUUUUCUGUUUUUUUUUUGUUCUUAUAUUUUCCAACAGUGUUUCACACCAUAUAACAUCCGGGACGCAGACAGGAGAGUUCAAGUCAUCCGAAAAAGCCUGGUACUGGAAUAUUAAGAAACUUCAAGGAGGGUCGGAAUUAUCAGCGUCUAUUAAGGUUACUGUUUGAAUUCCUUACCAUCGUCUUUUGAAACUUAGUAAGCCGUCGUUCCCGGAAACUUUUUUGAUUAGUUGGCUUUCUAAUGGAACAGUGUACGAUCGGAGCCGUGUGAGAAAACUUGUAACAUUCUGCAAACGUUAGAAAACAUUUAGCAGUUUUAAAGCGUACAGAAAGCGUAGGAGACGUAUAGCAUUUUGAAAACGCAGGGAAACAUAUCGCCUUUUGAAAGUGCGAGAAAAGUGUGUGUUUGGAAAGCGCUGGAAAAAGUGUGGUCUUUGGAAAGAGCGGGGAAAAGUGUGGUCUUUGGAAAGGGCGGGAAAAAGUGUGGUCUUUGGAAAGCGCGGGAAAAGUGUGUAUUCGGAAAGCGCAGGGAGGUAUGGAGUAUUUAGAAAACGCGAGGAAACAUAUGUGGCCGGUAAUUUAGACGAGAUCGAACUCAAAUCAUGGUUUUACGCAAUUAGUAGGCCACAGGCUCUCUCCUUAAGAGGGUUGAUUGAGUAAAAUGUUGUCCUUCCAUUGUAAGCUUUCGGCCCUCUCAACAAUGUUCGCAAAAGUAAAUGUUCAGAUUAAGGUUUAGCUGAGGAGAGAGAGGAAUAGUGUGGCGUUUGAAAAGCGCUGGGAAAAGGGUAGCGUUUAGAAAGCGCGGGAAAACAUGCAGCGUUUGGAAAGUGCGGGAAAUUUUGUAACAUUUGCUAAGGGCGGGAAAAUAUAUGGCCUUUGUAAAACGCGGGGACACGCAGAGCGUUGGAAAGUGUGGGCAAAGAAUGAAACCAAGUAAAUGUUAACGAGCAGUAGGUAAUUUACAGCUGCUAAAAUUUUUGUUUUAGCCAAUUGAUUUUCAAAGUGUCUGAAUUUAGUGUCUUUCUGUUUCGUAGGCGCAUAUGAGUGAAAUACGAAAAUCUUCACGGAAAGAAGUCGGCCCCGUAAGGUCAGCAUUGUAUAAGUUUGAGUUAUCUCAGGGACAGUUUUUUACAUAAGUAUUGGAUGAUAUUAUCACCCACUUAUUUGUAUUGUCUUGAAAUAUUUCUCUCUGUAUUUCAGUUUGGACUUCGAAAUACCAAUGCAUAUAUGCUCCGGUCUCCAAAUCCGAUAUGUGCGCGUACAGGAUCGAGAGAAAGCUUGCAGCCUCUUUCGCUGGGUUCGUUACAUCACUCAUAGGUGAGAUGUUAGUGUUACAAGAUUCUUUGCUUCAGUUUUCAGUGGUUUUGAUUUAAGUUUUCCAUGGCAUAACAUCGAAAGUACCUAAUCUCUCUCAAAUCUCUUCAUGCCUUAUAAAUUCUUAAUGAGAUAAACACUGUACUGGAUCCAACUCGUCUUUUACCCAUGACACGAGCUUGUCACCACUCCCCCCUAUUUCUGCCCUUUCCCUCUAUUGUUUUGAUUUAACUUGGAGAAUUUAGAACUUUUGAUGGGCCCGAUUGCCGGUCGCUUCCCUUCGGGGGAUCGAAGACUGUGCUGCGAAAAACGGCGGGUCUAACCUUUCAGCUUAGUGAAAAAAUUGAGAUCAUGCUUUAUGUCCUAACCGUGGUUUUUUUUACUUUCUUCCUAGCGAUUCCUAUGUGUUUCGUAUAUAACUGGAGGCUGCGGAGAAUAUGCAGGAAAGAUACUGAAAAACAUCUCGGAUAG